GCACGUGACCGAUGAGGAUUGGCGGAUACUCUGCGAUAUGUUUUCGUCUGAUUCUUUUCAGAAGAGGAGCAAAAUAAAUUCUGACAAUAGAGGAAAGUUAGAAGUGAACCACGUAGCUGGUUCAAAGUCAUUUGUACGACUUCGUUACGACAUGCGAGAUUCCAUCACUGGCCAGGAGCCCAAACCAGUAGACUUUUACAAAGGGACUCACUGUCGGCAGGCGACAGGAUCUUGGAUACAUCCUAGAGCCAGCGAGAUUUGGGAGGAGAUGAACACCUUACGCAGUCAGCCCACUCCCGAUGGCACUCAACGGAGUGAGCCAGAGAUCCUGAGUCAGGUGCUUGGUACCCGUUCUGGAUAUGUGCGUGGGUUUGGCCAUGGUGCCAAGCUCAUGGCACCCGCUAGAGCUGCCUCCAGCCGAUCCAUCGUCGUUGGCGACAACGCCGUAUGCCGAGCUGAUACUGCAGAGAGAAAGGUUCAGCAGCUACGGGUCGUCGUCGAUGACAUUAAAGAUCAGCUGGACAGACAGAGGGACGAGCAGCACUGCUCUCAUUCUUUCUCAUUCCAGAAAGCCUCUUUUAAUUCCUUCCCAUUUGGUAAAAGGGUACGGAUAGUCUGUUUCGAAGGCACAGGAAAUUUUAGUUCGUGUUUCUCACCAUUGCCGAUGACUCCCACUGACUAA